AUGUCUGACAGCCAUUCAAAUCUUUUUUACAUCUUGACGGCUGUCUUGAUUGUCGCCGGCGUUUUUUUGAAGGUGCUCAAAACUCUUAUUAUUGGAUUCUGCGUUGCUCUAUUACAGAUCCGUCGUAUUAUUGACAUUUCUGUGACUUUUGUCGGAAAUGUAGCCAAACUCAACUUUGACUUGAUGUUCGUGAUGGCGUCCUUUGCUCUCCUGGUAAUUGAAAGCAUCCAAGGCCGUGAAGUGAAUGAAAAACUCAAUCCAGACAAUAAAUAUGCAAAUAUGGUCUCCGAUGCGUCGAACCAAAUAUUAGAAAACACGGAGGUGCCAGAGGUUCGCCUGGAACAGGAUGCCACUAGCAUUACUUCGAAACACAGGUUUCUGUCGGCAUUGCAUGGUUACUUUUCUAAGAAAGAGAAACAGGACUACAACGGCAAUACUUAA